CACUCAUGCACAUUCACUUCAAACAUAGCUCAAACAAAAUCACAUAUCAUCAAUCAUAAGCACAAUCAACCAACGACAAUCACUUCAUCAAAAUAGUUAAAGCUUGGAAUUCUUGAAAGAACACGUAAGGCGUAGAAUUUACCCCUUUACCCUCCCUAUCACUACCUCGGCUCCUACUUCGCCGGAGCCACAUCCGCCACCAACAAGAUCCAAGCCAUUCCCGCCGUCGUCAUUCACUGGUUGUUCUAACGCCGACGCGCGAUGGGGGAAAGUAACGUCGGCGCAAUGGGAAAUUGAUUUAGGGUUUCAUCUACUGCUGCGAUGGGGGAAGCUGACGACGGCGCGCGACGAAGAAGAAGAACUAUAGAAGGAGGAUUUGAGGGUUUCGUUGUCUGCUGCGAUAGGGGAAACUAACCCGACAAUUUUCCAAUUUUGUGGGCUAGGGUUUGGUUCUGGGUCGGGUUGGGUUAAUGGGUUGGGUGUGUGAUAUGGCAAGUUUAGUGACGUGGCAGGUCGGGUUUGACUAUUUCUGGCCCAAAAUGGCGCUGACUAGGCACUCCCGUUAGCCACGUCAGCACAUAACGGACUCCAUUAACGGAGUUGGACGGAGACUAACGGAGAGUGACUAAAUAUGACCCGUUUUAGUAAUUCGAGUGACCAAAUUUGAUAUUAAUUUUUUUUAGUGACUAAACAUGAGACAAUUUAGUAAUCAUAGUGACCAAUUGUGGCAUUAACCCUUUACCAUCUCAUCAAUGUUUAAGUAGAGUUUUCGUAAAGUUAGUUCAUUUUUACAUGAUAGUUUAAUCAAAUGUGAUAGAUGUUUCGUAAGAUUAGUUAUUUUUUACAGAACAAUUUAAUCAAAUGCUCAUGUUUCAUUACGAUAUUUUCUUAAUAGACCACAUAUUAUGAAAUAUGUGUGUGACACUAUUCUAUUACAGUUACAUAAAUUAUAAUUACAAUAUAUAAAUGUUACGGGGAUAGCUAUUUCUUAUAUAUCAAUUCAAAAAUCCAACUAUGUAAGCCUUCAUUAUAAAAACUUGGGCGGGAUAGUUAUUUAUUAUGUAUAAAUUAAAAAAAAUUAUUAUGUAAAUCUACCUUUUUUAUAAAUUUGAAUGAAAAUUCAUGUUUUAACUAAAUUGUGUGAAUCAUCUCAUCAAUUUGCAUCACACAAAUCCUGUGUACGGUAAAAUAUUUUUUACAUAAUAGUUUUAUCAAAUGCAAUAUUUUUUUAUAGAAUAAUUCCUCUAUUAUUUAAUAAAACUCAUUCAUUAUUAACUAAAUUAUUCACCAUUGCAUUAUGCAAAGGUUCCAUAUGAUCAGCUAACUUUUGCACAACAGUUUAAUCAAAUGUGAUACUUUAUAUAACAAGAUUUUAUUAUUAGGCCACCUGUUUAUGUUAUAUUUAUGUAACAAUAUUCUAUUACAGGUCAGUAGUGUAAACUAUUUCGCUAAGGUUCGAAUAAGAGAAAGUUCCCGCACUACUUUGACUCUCCCGAGAUAGAGCUUUCAAAGCGAGAUCGUUCCAAUGCCUUAGUGCUUCUAGCAAAUAAGGUCUCAUGGUAGUCGAUCACAUUAAUUUGCAUGUCUUCUGGCGGUGAUGGGCUUCCGAAGAAUGAAUAAGGAUAAAUUAAUAGAAAAAAAUUUAGGUACGAGAUGAACGCUUUUUCGUUCACUAUGACUGGAUGUGUACUCGCGUGAUUGAUUGAUGAACGGGGGAAUUUCGUGCAAUUUUAGAGAGACGGGAAAGUGAAAGCCUGUGGGGUUGCUUUUGUACCUGGAUAACUAGCAUCGAAAACGCUUUUAUAUUUGAUGGUUUGGUGUUUUGAUGAUCCCUAAUGGACAGUUCCAAUAAGAUUCUUUCUUGAACAAAAAUCCAUUUUUUGAUUUCUUUCAUUUAUUCCAUGACCGAAACGUGGGGAUACACGUUACACCAUGAUAAUACAUUACGUAUACUUUAUGGAUGGAUAAUUAUUUCUUAUAUAUUAGUUAAACACAUGGUUUACAUGAGUCUCCCAUAAUGAUUAAGACACCAUGUAAAAUUUGCGGAAAAAUAAUUAACACUUAUGUACCAAUUAAAUAAACAUAUUAUGUAAGUAUUCCAUAAUGAUUAAGACAUUGCAGAAAGCUUAUGGAGGGAUUGUUCUUGCUCAUGUAUCACUUAAACAAAAGUAUGACUUAUGUCAUUCGUAAUGAUUAAGGCACAACGUAAAAAUAAUAGAGGUAUUUACCCGAAUAAUUUUGUGAGUUAUUUGUUUGUAGUUGAAUCAUUAUAUAAGUGGAUAGAGUUUAAAAUAUAAUGAGUUCUUACCGUGAUGAAGUGCGGGCAAAAACUAGUAAUAAAUAAAUAAACAGCAAAGCAAUUAAAAGACGACACUUAUGUUAGCCAAAGCCAACCACUUGCUCCGUUCAACGAACCCAACAAAACCUCUCUUACAGGACAAACAAGAGGAGGAGAAGAAGCAAUUCAAUUGGACUCUCUCUCUCUCUCCCUCUCUUCCUUCCCAUUUCCUCUUUGCUAUCUCAGCCUUCCUGCAGGAGACGAUCGACGUACGGCAGCGGUUGAGCGAUGGACGGCCUGAUUCCACUGGUGUGCCGGGCGUUCAACAAGAUAAAAACCCGGCGGCAUUACGAGUGCCUCUCGUCCGGCGCCGCUGAGUCCUACAACGCCGCUGACCACGUGCCGUCUCUCUACACCAAUAUUCCUCCCCGCUCGGGCUUCCAGAACGGCCGCGACUGUCGUCGGUCCAUGUCCACGGCGGGAGAUUUUGCGUCCGAGCGUCAGAACUUGUCGGCAAUCGUGAGCAGGAGCGUUGUCCCCGGCGGCAAGCAGCAGGAGAUGGUGAGGUUUCGGAGGCACCGGCGGCUGUUUAGCUGCGUAAGUCUCGUACAAGAGUAGUAGUUGCAUUAAUUAAUUAAUUAAUAUAGCAUCUUUCAAUAACACAUAAAAAUAAAAUAAAGAAAUGGAGCAUCUUAGCCUCCAAAUUGUUAGCUGGCCGCCGGCGGUUGGACCUUCUCAACCUAACACUUUGAAAAAUGGACACUUAGAAUCAUCUAUGCCAAAUGUUUUUUAUUUAUUUAUUUUCGAGUGAUAUCAAGAGAAUAAGAGUUAUACAAACAAAACUAUUCAGAAACCCCUAUAAGCAACAUACUAGUGAAGUCAAUCUUAAUUCAUUCGAAUUGUCCGUUUCAGUAGUUAUGUUAUCAUGUAUUGUUUUUCUGUUAAUUUGAUGGUUAAGUUCGUUGAUUGUGUAUUUUGAGUUUGAUUUUGUUAUAGGAUGGUUUUGCUUUUCAUGUUUUGUUAAUGCGGUGUAUAUAUGUGUACAUGUUUCGUGCUUGUAAUCUCGAUACAAGUACAAUUGUAAUAUAAUCUUAUUACAUUC